AUGUCAUCAACAACAGAGGCGGCGCCGCCACAGGCCCCCUCUCAGUCUGCAGCGCCACCUUCCCAGGACGCUCCCUCAAAACCCCAGGGACAGAAAUGGCAGAACAAGAAUGGGAAACAGAACGGCAAGCGCCAAUUCCAAGGCCAGGGCGGUAGGAGGGAUCCUAAGCAGAGGAAAUCUAAGCGCGAAAGAAAUAUCACGGAGGGUUCUUCGGAGGAGGUCUUGGCGGCGGAUGUGCAAGCGGUCAUCGCCUCGAGGAAGGACCUCUUCCCCGAACCGAUGGAGGUGGAAGCCAAGGUGGGCGAGAGUGAAACGGUCGAGAAGCCAAAGGCGGUUCUCCCCGAGCUGUUCACCGAGAUCGAGGUGGAAGUCCUCGAGCUCUCAUCCACGGGCGACGGCUUGGCCGUCCAGCCCGACUCCCCGCAAGUCUAUGUCGUUCCCUUCGUGGCCCCUGGCGACAUCGCAAAGAUCAAAGUCGUCCGCCACGUCCGUGAGGAGAACUACUCUGUCGCCGACUUCUUGUCGGUCAUCAAGCCCGGCCCCCUGCGCGACGACUCCAGGAUCAACUGCAAAUACUUCUCCACCUGCUCCGGCUGCCAGUUCCAGAUGCUCGACUACGACACCCAGCUCGCGCACAAGCGCACCAUUGUCGAGAAGGCCUACAAGAACUUUUCGCAACUUCCCCCCGAGCUCGUCCCUACCAUCAGGGACACCAUCGGCAGUCCCCUGCAGUACAACUACCGCACCAAGCUCACCCCUCACUUCGACGGUCCCCCGGGUUUCCACAGAAAGGGCAAGCCCAGGAAGGCGCUGGAUAAGGUGCCGGAAGUGGGCUUCAACGCCAAGGGCCGACGCAUCGUCCUCGACAUCGAAGACUGCCCGAUUGGAACAGAUGCCGUGCGGCUGGGCAUGAAGCGCGAGAGGGCGAGGAUCGCGCGCGACUUCGGCAACUACACCAAGGGCGCGACCAUCCUGCUGCGCGAGAACACGAAACGGUACCCCAAAGACGGCGAGGAACAGCCGCCCGCCGAGCUCCCGGAGGACGCCGUCCGUGUGGAGACGGACACCCACGUCGACAUCAAGACGUGCAUCUCGGAAGCCACGGGUGCCAUGUCGAGCGAGUACAUCGACUCCUUCAUCUUCACCAACCCGGCCAACUCUUUCUUCCAGAACAACAACUCCAUCCUGCCAAAGUUCACCGACUACAUCCGCCAGCACGUCAUGCCGCCCAAGGGCCCCAACAGGGACCGCAUCAAGUACCUCAUCGACGCGUACUCUGGUUCUGGCCUCUUCACCAUCACGCUCGCCUCGCUGUUCAAGGGCAGCACGGGCAUCGACAUCGCCAAGGACUCCAUAGAGUACGCGCGGAAGAACGCGCGCCUGAACAACCUGCCCGAGGAGCAGUGCAACUUCAUGGCCGCGGACGCGCCGGAGCUGUUCAAGCACGUCACGUACCCGCCGGACGAGACGGUCGUGGUGAUUGACCCGCCGCGCAAGGGCUGCGACAACGACUUCCUGAGCCAGCUGUUGAGGCACGGCCCGCGGAGGGUCGUGUAUGUGAGCUGCAACGUGCACACGCAGGCGCGGGAUGUCGGUGUGCUCGUUCGCGGGGACGGUGGUGAUGGCACCAAGUACGAGAUUGAGAGUCUCGUGGGAUUCGACUUCUUCCCGCAGACGGGACAUGUGGAGGGUGUGGCGGUUUUGAACAGGGUGGAGAAGGAUGCUUGA